CGGCGUCGUGCGCGCGGAGCCGACGCCGGGUGCUGCUGGGCUACUGUCCCGGAGCCGCUCACGUCCCGCCGGAGCCCGGCGCAGGCUGAUUUUUCAAAAUGCCAAGUAGGAAAUUUGCUGAUGGCGAGGUGGUGAGAGGUCGGUGGCCUGGGAGUUCGCUUUACUAUGAAGUUGAAAUUCUGAGCCAUGACAGCCAGUCCCAGCUGUACACCGUCAGGUACAAAGACGGCACUGAACUUGAGCUGAAGGAGAAUGAUAUCAAGCCUUUAACUUCCUUUAGACAAAGGAAAAGUGGCUCAACGUCCAGUUCUCCCUCCAGACGCCGAGGGAGUAGGUCAAGGUCGCGCUCCCGAUCCCCUGGUCGACCACUGAGGAGUUCCCGUCGAUCCGCCUCUGCUUCACACCAGGCUGACAUAAAGGAGAUGAGGAAGGAAGUCUUGGAAGUGAAGCUGACUCCGCUGGUGCUGAAGCCGUUUGGGAACAGCCUCAGCAGAUACAACGGGGAGCCUGAGCGCACAGAGAGGGAUGGCCUGCCCCCCAGAAACACUGAGGAAAAAUUCCAUUUGUCGGAAGAAAGUCGUUACAUAUCUACACAGUAUAGCCUUCGGCCAAGAAGAGAAGAGAUCAAAUUAAAAGACAUAGAUUCUAAGGAAGAAAACAUUGUUGCAACAGAAGGAUCUACAUUAUGGAAAACCUCUGAAGAGCCAGCCACGCAGACCAAGGCCCUGGAGUUCGGUGGAGUCCCUGGUGCGUUUCUCAUCAUGCUCGGCUUGCCCGCCUUCCUCUUCCUGUUGCUGCUCAUGUGCAAACAGAAGGAGCCCCGUCUUCUGAAUUUCCCACCUCCGUUGCCAGCUUUGUCUGAUCUGUGGGAAACCAGAGUGUUCGGGGUCUAUCUGCUCUGGUUUUUUCUUCAGGCUCUGUUCUACCUCCUGCCGAUCGGGAAGGUUGUGGAAGGAAUGCCUCUUACUGAUGGAAGAAGACUCAAGUACAGAUUGAAUGGGUUCUAUGCUUUCCUGCUGACCGCCGUGGCCGUUGGCGCAGCCGUGUUCUGGGGCCUGGAGCUGCUCUACAUCUACCACCAUUUCCUGCAGCUGGUGCUGGCUGCCUUCGCCUUCACCGUGGGCCUCAGCGCCUACCUGGCCGUACGGGCUGCGGGUGCCCCCCCGGCCGCCCUGGCCCCUGGCAGCUCUGGAAACGCCAUCUAUGAUUUCUUCAUUGGCCGUGAGCUUAAUCCUCGGAUUGGUACUUUUGAUCUCAAAUACUUUUGUGAAUUGCGCCCCGGACUGAUCGGAUGGGUGGUUGUGAACUUGGUGAUGCUUUUGGCGGAAAUGAAGGUACAGAGUCGAGCCGCUCCGUCCUUGGCGAUGAUUUUGGUGAACAGUUUCCAGCUCUUGUACGUGGUGGAUGCUCUCUGGAACGAGGAAGCAUUGUUGACAACCAUGGACAUCACCCACGACGGGUUUGGAUUCAUGCUGGCUUUUGGAGACUUAGUGUGGGUUCCCUUCAUCUAUAGCUUUCAAGCCUUUUAUCUCGUCCACCAUCCCAACGAAGUGUCCUGGCCCAUGGCCUCUCUGAUUAUUGCUCUGAAACUUUGUGGAUAUGUAAUCUUCCGAUGUGCAAAUUCUCAGAAAAAUGCAUUCCGGAAAAAUCCCAGUGACCCAAAGCUUGCACAUCUAAAAACCAUCCAUACUUCAACUGGAAAAAAUCUUCUAGUUUCUGGAUGGUGGGGCUUCGUUCGUCACCCCAAUUACUUGGGUGAUCUCAUCAUGGCCCUGGCGUGGUCCCUCCCCUGUGGUUUUAAGCACAUUCUGCCCUAUUUCUACGUGAUCUACUUUGCCGUGCUGCUGGUGCACCGCGAGGCCCGUGAUGAGCGCCACUGCCGGAGGAAGUACGGCCUGGCCUGGGAGAAGUACCGCCGCCACGUGCCCUACCGCAUCGUCCCCUACAUCUACUAGCCACGCGCUGCCGCCCGCCCUGCCGCCGGUCCUCCGCCGGUCCUCCGCCUCUUGCUCCGGUCGGGACUAUGGAGCCAAGUGGUCUUUUAACCUCCCCAGGUUUAUUGUUACUAAAUCACAGCAGUGAACAGAAGGAAAUAGGCGAAGGUGUUAGAAUUGGCUUUCUAAUGGGAAAUGCUCCUUUCUUAAAAGUCUUGUAAAUGCACUGGAAAGAAUAACACAGGUGUCUAUGGGUUUUGAGGACUUUUCAAAUUGUGAUGGUUUUUGUCAGUGGUAUUUCUUACAUGAAACCAACUGUGACCCUCGAAGCAUGUUUGUGUUUUGUUAUAUUCAGAGAAGAGGAUUUUCAUCCAUUUCCUUUUCCUAGUUAAGUGAUUUGAGUGUAGAUCCCGGUCCUGCAUGAACUGCUCUCCGGGGAGAGGUGGGGAGAGAUGGUCAGGAUCCUCUGGCUUGCCCUCAGCGUCUAGAGCUGAAUUGGAAGAUGUAAAUACCCAGCUCUCGUGUAAUAUAUGGGGACCUUGGAUUUUUCUGUACAGUAUUUUGAAUGUGAAAUAGGACUAAGUAUCUUUUUAACAAAACCAUUUGCAGUAUUUUAAAUUAAGUUUUAUAAAAAUACAUGUCGAUUAAAAAUGGCAAAGCAAUAGAAUUCCUUUAACGCUGUAUAAAGAUGCUGUUAAAACAUAGGAAGGUUAUUUUUCUUAAUCCAAAGUUUGUGAAUUUGGCUUUGCUACCUCAAUCGCAGCCGUUCGUUUGCCUUUAUAAACUGUUGCCCAUAGAAAAAAAUAGAAUAUAUAUUUUUGCAGUAACAUCACUAUUUAAACAUUUUUACACAGAUUGGUGUUUGAAAACCUGCCAUUUCAGGCUGAUAUUUUUGUAUGUUUUUUGACUUUUUGAAAUAAAACUGUGGUUUUGCUACUGCUGAUGCCAUGCCGGUCAGACUGUAUUUUGUACCAUCCCCUAGAGCUGCAGGACGCUGCUCCCGGGAACGGAGGGUGGCCUUCAUCGAGGAACAAGAGUUCAAAAUCCUUUAGUUUAAUACCUGUGUGUAGGGCAGCUGUAGCUAUUGAAUUCUAGUUGUUAGGGUCUCAUUAUUAAUUGUCCUCAAAUGGAACAGUAGCAAAUUCGCUGAAAUUUUUGUGUUCAAAGUUAAAUUGCUCUCAGUAUCUUAAAUAUAGGGGAAUUUAAUAUGUGUGUGUUUGGGUUUUUAAGGAUGCGUUUUACAUCCGAGAUACGUGGGUGUGCAUGUCCCUUCUGUGUGGCUCUGGGUGGUGUGGGGCUGGCUCAGUGAGGGUGAUCCCCAAGUCAUUUUGCUCUUGAAACCUUGUUUUGGGGGAGUGGUCCGUGUUUUUUCGCACUGACGUAAGAUGGCAGUUUUUGGAUUCUGCUUUUCUCCUGGCGUCGGAAUGAGCGUUCCCGUGUGUUCUGUGCUCGUUUGACCGAGGAAGCUGGGGGCAGGAAGGAGCACGUUUCAUUCUUGUUCCAGUAAGGAGAAGAGAGCCUCUGCCAGCAGAGUGUGGCCUUUCUGGAUUUCAGCUACGAUUUGUUGUUCAUUUUGGUUUUGACACAUUUGACAAAUUUUAUGAUGAAGUUUUAAGUUGGAAAUAAAGUUGGAAAUAAAAAAGA